ACGAAUCUUUACAAAACCUACAGUUCAAUCCUUCAAAUACAAAUGGCACUCAUCUAUCUCCUUCUCCUCCUCCAAUUUCUAUAACUCGUGUAAGGUCAUCUGAUUUAGUGCCAGGAUUAACACCAAAUAAAUCUCCUGAAAGUAUGUAUUCCUACAAUAUACAUGAAAUUGAACAUAUUGUGAUUCAAGAUUCAAUUUCAGUAUCCCAAUAUAUUGUCAAUUCUAUUGACUUUAUGUUUUUUAUCUUAGUACCAAUACAGAUUAAAGAUGAUGAUUUUCCAGAAUCUCAUUGGAAGCUCAAAUUAUACCAAUCAAAUUUAUUUCUAUAUUGGUAUUUUUUUGAAAUUCCUUUUAUUUUAAAUCUUCACAUAUUUAAGAUAAGUGUCAUUAAAUUUGUUCCCAUUGCAUUAUUGUUGGCCUUUCCAAUUCACUUUAUAUCAGCUACUUAUCUUUCAUUAAAGUUCAAACAUUGUUUGAUCAAUUUAAUAGGGGUAAUAAUAUCUUUACUUAUUUUAUCGGACUUUACUGUACAAAUACUAAGAGUUCUUAAAAAUUUUGGACUUAUUUGGUCUAUAAAUGAAUUCAUUCUUGGAUUACUAAUUUUUUCAAUUAGUAAUUCAAUGAAUGACUUAGUAACAAAUCUUACCAUUUCAAAGAUAAACCCUAUAUUGGCAAUUAAUUCGUGUUUGGGUUCCCCCAUAUUGAUUAUUCUUUUAGGUAUAGGGAUUAAUGGAUGCAUAUUAAUCCUGCAAUUCCACAAUCACGACGCAAUAAAAUUUAAUUUAAAUAUCAAUGUGACUAUUAGCAUGUUAUCAUUAAUUAUUACAGUAGCUUUCUAUAUUUUAUAUAUACCCUUGAAUAACUGGGUUUUAGAUAGAAGAGCUGGAAUAGGUUUGAUUCUUUUUUAUUUAAUAAUUACAGGAGUUAUUUGUUCUAUAUAACUAGUUUGUUACUCUAUUAAAAUAUAUAUAGGAACAUUAUAUACGCAUGUAUAUAAAGAAAGCAAAUAAAUACAUAUGUAUAUAUUUAAGCAUUAUUAUCAUUUAUCAUUAAUCCUAUUUUUAAGAUAAUAGAAAAAAUUGUCGCAUAUCUUCAUCUAUUUGGCUGCAAGAAAAGAUUUGUCGAAUCUUCUCAGUAUGUCUCAAAUUUAUUGUCGCAUAUUUUAAUUGAGGUAACACAACUUAUU